AUUUUUCGGCAACCAACCAGUGCACGUGGCACCCAAAAUUUAUCACAAGAAAAUUAACAAAACACACAACACCAAGAUGCACCACCACCACCAACACUCACAACCCGCCGGAAACCUAACCGUUUCUUCACCGGAACCACAACCCUCAACGCCCGAGGCUCCUCCCAAGCAGGUAGCCUUAGCAAUGGAUCGCCUAGCUCAUGCGGCUCGGCUCAUCGCCGAUAUCCGGCUCGGCGCCGACCGCCUCCUUGAAGCGUUGUUUAUCGCCGGUCAACAGCCGCACCAGUCCGGCGUUAAUAAACCGUUGAGUUUGAUUGUUCAGGAAGGUGCUUCUAUGCGUCAGUAUCUUCAGGAUCUUCGAACUAUUGGAAGACAAUUGGAAGAUUCUGGAGUCCUGAAUGAAUCACUUAGAUCAAGAAGUAAUUCUUGGGGCCUUCACAUGCCUCUAGUUUGUCCAGAUGGUGCUGUUGUAGCAUACGCAUGGAAACGACAACUUGCCGGUCAAGCUGGUGCGUCUGCUGUUGACCGGACCAGGUUGGCUUUGAAGGCAUUUACUGAUCAAAAAAGGCGAUUUUUUCCUCAUCUUGAUGACAAAUCUGUAGACGGGCCAGUCUCAAAAAAGCAGCGUGGGACCCACACGUCAACUCAACACGAAGAGUUUAGUGACUUGAAAACAAUGUCAGAUGUAUUAACAGAACUUGAGAAAGAAAUUCCGGAAGUCAAAACCUCAACUUAUCAACGACUGGAGUGGUCAAAACGAGCCUCUUUACUUCCUAACGAUACCUUCGAUGAAUCACCAAAAGAUCAUAAUAAUUUUCAGAGUUCCCGAAACAUCAUAUCUGAUCAGAUUGGUGUCAUUGAGUUGUUAAUCCCUUCUGUAUUUAGGGCAGUAAUAUCAUUGUAUCCAACUGGUUCGCUGCUUCCUGAUGCGGUAGCUUUCUUUUCACCAGAUGAGGGUGGCAGUUAUGUACAUGCAAGAGGGGUUUCAGCUUUUAACGUGUUUAGAAACAUCACGGAGCAUGCUGCAAUGGCUCCACAGCAUUUUAUCGGUGUCAAUGCUGAAACGGCCCUCUAUAAGUUACUGCAUUGGAUCUGCAGUUAUCAAACUCUAUUUACUAAAGUCUGCAGUAAAUGUGGGAAGCUUCUUUCAAUGGACAAAGAAUCAGCUUUGCUUUUACCGCCUGUUCAACGGCCAUACCGUAAUUUCUCUGUGAGUAAAAAUUUGUCACAGAAUUCGUCAACUAAAGAUCAGAGCAUGAAUGAUGUCCCGGCUUAUCACAUUGGUUGUUUUCCCCAAGAAUGAUAGUUUAGACUAUAGAUAUGAAGUUAUUUGUAGAUAUUAAAAGUUGUAUUUUUUAUAUUCAUCAGGUGAUAGAUUUUCCAUCA